AUGCACUGGAAGAGAAGGAUGGAGAAUUCUACACGAGAAUUCAUGUUUUUGCUGUAUGGACUGAAUGACACCAGGACAAACAAUAACAUUUAUUUUGCAUUUGGUCUAGUUGCCUAUAUCAUGACUCUUUUUAUAAACGGGAUGCUUAUUGCUACAAUUAUUCUGGAGAAAACACUUCAUGAACCUAUGUAUCUGUUUAUAUGUAAUUUGUUUGCAAAUGGAAUAUGUGGUUCUUCUGCUUUCUAUCCGAAGAUCCUUGUGGAUCUUUUAGCAGACACUCAUGUCAUCUCAUAUAUCGGGUGUUUUGCCCAAGUAAUUGCCAUUUUCUCAUAUGCUUUUUCAGAAUUAACAUGUUUAACAGUUAUGUCAUUUGACCGUUAUGUAGCCAUAUGUAAGCCUUUAGAAUAUCACUCUCUCAUGACGCUUCAGAAAGUGAGAAAUUUACUUCUUUUCACCUGGACUUUCACUUUACUUCAAACAUCAGUUGGGGCUGUUCUGACUUCCAGGUUACCAUUAUGUGGUAAUGUAAUUGACAAGCUUUACUGCUCUAAUUGGGACAUUGUUAAGCUAUCUUGCAUAGAUGUGACUGUAAACAAUGUGUACGGUUACGUUCUAACAUUUUUUCAGAUUUUACAAGCUGCAAUCAUUGUAGUGUCGUAUGUUCAAAUUGUCAAAGCAUCACUGCGUUCUAAGACAGGUCGGGUUAAAUUCAUGCAGUCGUGUUUUCCCCACUUAAUAACACUCAUUAGCUUCACUGUUUCACUGAUUUUUGAUGUUAUGUACGCUCGCUAUGGCAAAAUUCAGGGACAGCAAGCUCUGCGUAACAUUCUGGCUAUGCAGUUCGUUGUUGUGCCUCCUCUCCUAAACCCUUUGAUAUAUGGAAUAAAACUAACCCAGAUACGGCAAGGAUUUUUAAAAAUGUAUGUUUACAGGCAUAAAGCAGUGCGACCGAGCUGA